CCUGCGGCGGAGCUAGAUACAGCUAGCUAGCUGCAGAUGUUCAGCAACUUCGGUCUUCAUUUUUAGCAGAAAAUUUGAAGAUGUGUGUAGAAUGUGUCAGAGUGAAAUGUCCAGACAGGGGCAGUGUGUGCUUGGAGACUGGCUCCUAUCUUGUCAACUUCCACGAAUGCGCCAGUUGCCACAACAAGGAAAACAUCAAAAUCCAGAACCAGCAGACCGACACGGACGAAGAUGAGGGGGAGGAGAGGGUCGUCUAUGACCAUGUUUGUGCCGUGUGUGAACAUCUCAUAGCAGAGCAUCGGUACGAGUUUAGAAUAGAAGGCGACUAUCAGGAGUACUCCAUGCUUUGUAUUCUGUGUGGCCGAGCUGAGGACACAAUAAGCAUCCUCCCCGUCGAUCCAAAUAAACAGGCCAGUAUUUUCUGACAGAAGGAUGGAAGUGUUUUGGACUUGGGACCAGCAAGUCUUUAGAUGCUGUCGGUUCAGAAGAGCACAGCUUUGGUUCUGGGCUACCUGCCAAGACAUCUGAAGCCAUGUACCCGGGAUUACAUAGGAGACUUACGUCCAACAAUGUCUUUGAGCAUAUCCAAAAAUAUAUGGGUAGGGCUUUGUCAUAGUUUAUUAAAGGCCAAAAUCAUGAUCUAGCUUGCGGUACUGUGACCAAAAAAAAAUCAAUGAUCAAAACUGAUAUAUGGAUGAAUCCUAACCCUUCCAGAUGCAACGCACUGCAGCUAAAAGUCUGGCUGGCCUUGUUGCAUUUGACCAUCAACCCAAUUGCAUUUAGUGCCAAUUCUGAGA